AUGACCGAUACAUUUCGCUCGGCUGUUCGAUGUCCGCCCCUCCGGCAGGCCCGGGGGACGGUGCUUAAUACUAUAAUGGAGGAUACGCGCGAGGCACAAUUCGCACAAAGUCCCAAGGCCUCACCUCCCAGACCCACGCCAGCAGCAAUCAGCCCGCAGCUGAGGCUCAAGACAACCGGUCUAUCAGUGCCCACACAUGCCCGCCUUGCUCGUCUAAGAUCGCCUCUCUCUGCGGGAACAACCUUGUCGUGCUGCUCAGAAACAGAUACAGAAUGGCAACGGCAUUCGCAAGGAUACGAUGAUUUGUACGACGCCACAGAUGACGAUAUGGAUGAUAACGAGACGGACAUUAGCGACUCGUGCUUUUCCCCCGAUACCCGGCCAUCAAGCUUGGUGACACCAAUUACUCGUAACUCAGUGACCUCAACAGGAAGUCGGAAACGCCUUCUCACACUUGAGAUUCCAUCGCCUACAGUUUGGCCAUCUAUGACUGGGGGUCACAAGAGCUCGCCAAUACCGCCAACUCCUCCACCUAAGAUCCCCGUCUCCCCUGCAGCUCUAUCCAUGCUUGGCCGCGCUGUACCUGCAUACCAUGCCCCCCCUUCGCUCGAUGGAAGCAUCUCCUCAGACCAGGAAUCGGUUAUCAGUGGGUUGGCCACACCAGACUCUCAGUCUCUGCCAGAUACAAACUGGACCGCACAUGAUAUACAUGUUCGACGUGAUAUGGAUGGAAGUGAUAGUGAUAUGGAGAAUGGAGAUGGCAGCUCAGAUAUUGAAGUGCCCAUCGCCAUUGAGAGCUCGCACGAGGACUGGCGCCACGUUCUGGGAAACUUCCCUCAGAUUCCUUCAGCUGCUCAGAGAUAUUUGCCCUCGCCGUCAUCUUCACCGCAGUUAAACGAGGAGCCAAUACGCGAGUCCACACCCACGAACCAGGGUGUCUUCCUGCCUGACUCGGCUCUGGCUAUGCUUCACCAUAUCCGUCUGGAUGGAACACCAGACUCGUGGUCUGAAAGCUCUGAGGGAAAUAGUGAGAUGUGGCAGCUGCAGGCACCUCCUAGCCGUCCACGCAGUACUGAUGGGGUUACUCCGGCCUCCGAGCUGUCCGGAUACAGCUUCAGUGACCUGAGCAUCCCGUCGCCUGGUGGUUUCUUCGCUUCACUUGCGCCACGUGCUCGCCACACCUGGUCUAUUCCAAAUACCAACAACCAGCCAACGUCAGCAGCAGCAGAAGGAUUUUACAAUUUGCCAUGGCGCCGGGAUGAGGGAGAAGUUGUGGAGCAAGUGGUUGACUGGCCUGAGCGCCCUAAUGAUGAAGACCCAGUUACAGCUGUUCGUGAUGAGGAAGGCCCGCCUACUGCCAUUCGUCUUUGUGAGACACCAACCCGUCGGACUAUUUAUCAGGAUAGUCCGAUGAGUGCUGCCUUCGAUGCUGUGCAGGAGAUUCCUCGCUCUGGAAAUGGGUAUGAGUACGACGAGCUCUACGACCAGGAGCUGCAGCACCGUGCAGUUGACAGCCACGACAGGACCAGUGUUUGGCUGGCUGCUCAGGCCUCAUACCUCUCUGCUCUCAAUGAGACCAAUCCAGUUAAUGAGCCCGAGCCCGUUGAGGCUUCCGAGGAUGAGACUGAAGCUGUCAAGGCUGAAGUGCAAGAAAAGACCGGAGAAACGUCUAAGAAGAUGGUCCGGUUUUCUGAGGCUAUUCCCGAAGCAUUGAGUCCCCUGCCACCCAUCCUUGCCAGCAAGGACUCAAUUUACUGGCAGGGUUUCCAGUCUCUCCGGCAAAGAUCAAGCAAGGCUGAUGGCUUUCUUCAUCGCAAUAUGCGAUAUGAUGCUAUACAAUCUAUGCGUCUUGGAAUGGGGGACCUGCACAUCAACUGCCUGAUUGGCAAGUAUGAGCUUGUCCGGCCAGAGCGCCCUGCAUACAAGGGCCCGUUUGCCAAGGCUCCCCGCAAUUCGGUAAUCACCUCUGAGCUAGCUGAGAAGGCCAAGUUUGACAAGCUUGAGAAGGAACAACUGGUUCUCGCUCAGCUUUGCCAAUCGAUGUGGGCCAUGGAUGCCCUCCGGUCUCUCAACGGCGGCAAGCUCCUGACAAGCCCUGCUCAGCGCCGGCUUGCACGUACCACCUCCAAGCCAAGCCCAUCGGACGGACCAGGCAAGCGGAGCUUCCGGAUCCUCGAUUUCGGAGGCCACUCCUCGUGUGACUGGGCAUGGCAAGCAGCUCACGAGUUCCCAAAUGUCAAGGUCUACACUGUGUCAUCCAAGAACCAAACCGUGAACAGCGCGAUCAAAGGCCCACCUAACCACCGCCAGGUUACCGUCCAAAAUCCCUGGGAGCUACCCUUCGGUAAUAACCAGUUCGACGUGGUCUCAGCGCGCUCCCUCCACGCCUUGCUGAAGACUGAAUGCCCAGCCGGCAAGAAUAGCGAUGAAUACGACCUAGUCCUCAAGGAAUGCAUGCGCUGCCUCAAGCCAGGCGGCUAUCUCGAGUUCCAAGUCCUGGACGCAGAAAUCUCUCGCGCAGGCCAAUACGCCUCAGCAACAUCCGUCGAGAUGGCCUUCAACCUCCGCAAGCGCGGCUACGACCCCGUCGCCUCAAAGAGCUUCCUCGCCCGCCUCCGUAAGAUUGGAUUUACAAGCACAAAGCGCGCCUGGAUGUUCCUACCCAUGGGCACGGAGCCAAUCGAGCGCGAACCCCCACGCGAGACCCCCGCCCCGCGCGUGCAGAGCCAAAUAGAAGAGUAUGAAGCCGUACAAGGGCCAGUAGGUAGCACAGCCGACAUCGCCAGUAUCACAGGUCUGAUUGGCGGGUGGAUGUGGGAGUCAUGGUUGUUGAAGUUGCGGAUGGAGAUGGGUCGUGAGAGGUCGAAGCUGCUUGAGGGUGUUGGGGCUGUCUUCGAUGAGGGGAGGAAGAACGGGGCUGGGUGGACUUGUUUGUCUGGUUGGGCUAUGAAGCCAAAGAGGGGCGCUGGUCGUUCUUCUGGGAUUUAG